CCACGCAGAUGCACGAGCCGUGAGCGAGCGCAUCCGCCUGGCGCGCAAUGAAUGGAAGGCGCGGGGCGGGCCGGCGCGCGCGGCCGCCCUGCCACGUCCGUCGCCCGCGGCCGAGGCUCCGUUGGCCCUCGCCUCCUCCCGCCCCGGGCCGAGGCUGCCGCCGGCUCCGCGCCCAACGCCGAGGCCGCGGCGGCGGCGGGAAGGUCGGAGGGAGGGUGGUUUCCUCCCGCCCCACACCCAGUCUCCCAGCCGGAUAUAUAGAGUGUCACGUUUGGGAGCCGAAAGACCAGAGCAGUUUCCUCGCGGCUGGAGCACUUCCCGCAGCCGCGGGGCAGGACCGGAUCGGGAGGACCACUAGUUGAACCCCACCCCCGCGCUGGAGGAGCAGGAACCUCUUCCCAGAGCUGUCAGAGAGAAAGGGAGGAACCAUGUCCACGAUCGCAGCUUUCUAUAGUGGCAAGUCCAUUCUCAUCACGGGGGCCACAGGCUUCAUGGGCAAAGUGCUGAUGGAGAAGCUGUUUCGCACCAGCCCUGACCUGAAAGUCAUUUACAUCCUCAUGAGGCCCAAGGCUGGCCAGACACUCCAGCAGAGGGUUUUCCAGAUCCUGAACAGUAAGCUGUUUGAGAAAGUCAAAGAAGUUUGUCCAACUGUGCAUGACAAGAUCAGAGCUAUUUAUGCAGAUCUCAAUCAGAAUGACUUUGCCAUUAGCAGGGAGGACAUGCAAGAGCUUCUUUCCUGCACAAACAUCAUCUUCCACUGUGCCGCCACUGUACGCUUUGAUGACCCACUGAGACACGCCGUGCAGCUUAACGUCACUGCCACCCAGCAGCUCCUGCUUAUGGCUAGUCAGAUGCCAAAGCUCGAAGCCUUCAUACACAUCUCUACUGCCUUUUCUAAUUGUAACCUGACGCACAUCGACGAAGUCGUUUAUCCGUGCCCUGUGGAACCCAAAAAAAUCAUUGACUCCAUGGAGUGGUUAGACGACUCUAUUAUUGAUGAGAUCACCCCCAAGCUGAUAGGAGAUCAGCCCAAUACCUACACCUACACCAAGGCCUUGGGAGAGAUGGUGGUGCAGCAAGAGAGCGGGAACCUGAACAUUGCCAUCGUAAGGCCGUCCAUUGUGGGAGCAACUUGGCAGGAGCCUUUUCCAGGUUGGGUUGAUAAUCUAAAUGGACCUAGUGGGCUCAUUAUUGCGGCUGGGAAAGGGUUUCUUCGGGCCAUAAAAGCUACUCCGAUGGCUGUGGCAGAUUUAAUUCCAGUUGAUACGGUCGUCAAUCUCACGCUAGCAGUAGGAUGGUACACUGCAGUUCACAGACCUAAGUCAACGUUAGUCUACCAUUGUACAUCUGGUAACCUCAAUCCCUGUAACUGGGGCAAAAUGGGAUUCCAAGUCUUGGCAACCUUUGAAAAAAUCCCAUUUGAGAGGGCUUUCAGGAGGCCAAAUGCUGACUUCACAUCCAACAACUUCAUGAACCAGUACUGGAAUGCAGUCAGCCACCGUGCCCCUGCCAUCAUCUAUGACUUCUAUCUGCGGCUCACUGGAAGGAAGCCCAGGAUGACAAAGCUCAUGAAUCGACUUUUAAGAACUACUUCCAUGCUAGAGUAUUUCAUCAACCGGAGCUGGGAAUGGAGCACAUACAAUACAGAAAUGCUGAUGUCCGAGCUGAGUCCUGAAGACCAGAGAGUAUUCAACUUUGAUGUGCGCCAGCUGAACUGGUUAGAAUACAUUGAAAAUUAUGUUUUAGGAAUAAAAAAGUACUUAUUGAAAGAAGAUAUGGCUGGGAUCCCAGAAGCAAAGCAACACUUAAAAAGGCUCCGAAAUAUUCACUACCUCUUUAAUACUGCACUCUUCCUUAUCGCCUGGCGCCUUCUCAUUGCAAGAUCUCAGAUGGCCCGGAAUGUCUGGUUCUUCAUCGUGAGCUUCUGUUACAAAUUCCUUUCCUACUUUAGGGCAUCCAGCACACUCAAGGUCUAAGAACAUUCGGGAAACACCUUUUAUCCGGAACCUCUCAGAUACCUCUAAAACAGCAAACUGUGGUUCUCAAGAUUAGGAAGUAACAACAUGCCCAAGCUGUCAAAUGUCACAUGUGCUGUUAUAUAUUCAUCCCUGUUCCUUAACUAUAUAUUCUUUUUAUUUCAGUGAGAGAAGGAAAGUCAUAAAUUAGCCUAUAACCACAAAUAUUUUAGGAAAAAAUAUUUCCAAAUUGUUUCCUAAAGUUCUAUGCCCUUGCAUAUUAAAUAUGAAAGUACUCCCACUGUUCUAUAUUUCUUUUUUCCUUGAGCGGAUUUAGACUCAAUAAACAUGGAAGAACACAUGGUAGAAGCUGAAAUAAGCUAAAGAAAGACAGUACUAACCUUGGAACCAUUCUGGGGUACCUACCAGUACAAAGAUUUAAAGUCAAGAUGAGUAGAAGAAUGGCCUCAAUAUCCUCGCAAAUGCUGACAGAGAAAUAAUUCUCCUGAAAAGAAAAAUGUCUCUCCUGCCUUCCCAUGUUUUAUCUAGGAAUCCUUGUUGAGGGGUGGGGGGGAUCAAUAAAGUGGGUUCACAUUUCUUAA